AUGGGACGGCGGAAUUCCACUGCACACGAUGAAAUGAACGAAAUGUCGCCGUCGGCUUCUGAAACUUGCUCGGCCAGUUCCUAUUCGAAUGAUCGCAAGAAGCAGACGCACCUUCGGUGUGAACGGCAGCGACGCGAGGCGAUCAAUGUGAGAUCGAAAGAUCGAUUAUAACUCCAACAAUUGCGAAUUCAGAGCGGGUAUAAUGAAUUGAAAGAUUUGAUCCCUCAAACGACGACUUCGUUGGGGUGCAAAACUACAAAUGCCGCUAUUCUAUUCAGGUGAGCUCAAACUUUUAUGAAAAAAAAUGACAUAAUCAUUUUUUCAGAGCUUGUGAUUUCAUGAGUCAAUUAUCAAACGACGUGGACAGCAGUGAGAAGGAGUUACAGCAGUUGAAUGCCAAGGUUUUCAUUGAUAUAAUCAAACUUUGAGCAGCAUCGAAGUUGUUUCUAAUUAUUCUCAAUUUCAGGCAGCAGCUCUGGAAAUGAUCGCGGCGCAGUACGAACAAAUGGCUUCGGCGGUGCCUUCUAAUGGUUCCAGUUCCAUUCAAGCCAAAAUGGUCCGUUUUUAUAUCUUGGUGGCAUUUGGCUCAGACUCGCAUCUAAGUUGUGAAAGCGGCUUUAAGCAAAAAAAGUUUCCAGCAACGUCUAUGUCUCCAAAAUUUAUGCUAUGUAUCCUUACGAAAAUCGUUUCUUCGUUUUUUUUUUAAAUUUUCUCAAGCUAGAAAUCAAGUAUACGAUGACUUGAUAUUCAUAAGUUAUUUUAAUGAUUUUUAUUCCAUCGCACGUAAACCGUUUCUGGUCGGGCGCGCUAAAAAAAAAGCCGUAGUUGGACCAUUCCAAAUGCGACCAUAAGCAAAAGGAAAAUGAAAAAUCGAAAAAUUCCAGCUUCAAACGUUACUGGACGAUUGCUUCAGCACGUUUGUUGACCAGGUAUUUUUUUUUCUACAUCCUUUUGAAAUAAGAAAAAAAAUAUAGGUUGAUUUUUCCUCUUACGCGACAAUAACUCGAACUUUACUCACGUGGGUCGAAGGUCUUUCUUCGAAUUCGAAUCAAUUCAAGGUUUGUCUCAAAACAAAUUUGAAGCAAAAAAACGCUCUUUUUUUCAAGAGAACCGUGGGAAAAGUGGUGACUUUGCCGUUCACGAAUCCUUGA